CUUGCUGCACAAUGUCAAAUAAGAAUUUGUGUGACAGAUUUUAUAAAAUAUUUCCUGAUAUGGGUUGCAGUAACUUUGUUGUUUUUGUUCCUGGUAAGAAAAUUUAUAUUUCUAGAACAUACCUAGGCCUACAUACAUUUUGAAUUCAAUUCUUGUGGUUUAUGAGUACUUGGAAAAAGAAUAAAAUUACUUUUAAAUGUUUCAUUUCUUAUUGUUAGGCCUACAGGUCUUCAUUCAAUAUUUUGUAGAAUAAAAACCUUGCAUGAUUGCAUUUGUAGAAUGUAAAAUGCAUUAAUUUUUAAAUCAAGAACUAAUAAAAAUGACUUCAAUUUCAAUCAAAAAAGUUUUAUCAAAAAGUUUAAUAAUAGUAUUCAGUUGUGAACUUUUAAAUGUACGUUAAAAGAAUAUUUAAUGUCCAAGUUAUUUUCUCUUUGUUAUACUUUAAACUUCAAUUCAUCAACAGCUUCUGCUUUUGGUGAGCCUCACAUUACUACAUUGGAUGGAGUGACUUAUCCAUUGAAUGUAUGGGGUGAAUACAUCUUGAUGGAAAUAAAGUCCCAAAAUUUCAUGCUUCAGGUUAUUUUCUUCUUCUCAUUUUUUUUUAAAGCUUUAAAAUUUAAUAUGUGCUGUUCUAUAAUGUUCUUUCUUUACCCUUCAUAUAUUAAUUUGGUGUGAUAUUAUUUUGCGAUUGUUUAUACAAUAGUUUUAAGUUUAAAGUUUUAUGUUUUCAAGUUUAUAAGAAAUGCUAAAUUAAUUUAUUACUCAAUUAAAAUAUCAUAUCAAUUUUUUUCAACAUCAGUGUAGAACAAGAAGAAUUGAGGGCGUCAAUGGAACGCUAAGCAAUGCUACUGUGUUUAUUGCAUUUGCUGCCAAAGAAGGGGAUUAUGCUAAAUUUCAAGUUGAACUGGCAACCAACAAUAUAAGUUAG